AAAGCAUGUGGGCCAGCAAACAAAAAGUCGCCCACCAGCCUCCGUCCGUGCGACCAUGCCCCGUGGAAUUCAAAGCGCCACCGCGUCAUCAUCCUUGGAGGAGGUCGGCGUCGUCCUUGGCUUCGCUUCCUUCGCGGGGAGGUUCUCUUUCUUCCAGGGCGACUCUUCUUCUUCGAGCCUUCUCUCAGUGAGUCGUCCUUGGCUCCUGUCCUCCUCUCGCCCACGAAAAAGCAGCGGAACAAUACCAUCCAUAUUGGAAAGCAGGUGAGUUUCAGAAGCAAAACAAAGAGGCAAAUCAAAGAGGAACAAGAAGAAGAUCAUGGCUUCCAUGGAGGGCCUGAUCGGGCUGAUGAACCGCAUCCAGCGCGCCUGCACCGCCCUCGGAGACCACGGAGGAGGAGGCGACCUGCCCACCCUCUGGGAGUCGCUCCCAACCAUCGCCGUCGUCGGAGGCCAGAGUUCGGGCAAGUCCUCUGUACUUGAGAGCAUUGUUGGCACCGAUUUCCUUCCCCGUGGAUCGGGAAUUGUCACUCGGAGGCCACUAGUACUGCAGCUGCACCAGACAGACGAUGGAUCCCAGGAAUACGCAGAGUUCUUACAUAUGCCAAAGACAAGGUUUACAGACUUUGCCCGUGUUCGACAAGAAAUUUCUGAUGAGACGGAUAGACUGACUGGGAAAACUAAACAAAUAUCCCCUGUCCCUAUUCACCUCAGCAUCUACUCGCCCAAGGUUGUGAACUUAACAUUGGUUGAUCUUCCCGGGUUGACAAAGGUUGCUGUAGAAGGACAGCCUGACAGUAUUGUUCAAGAUAUAGAGAAUAUGGUUCGCUCAUAUGUUGAUAAGCCCAACUGUAUCAUUCUGGCUAUAUCUCCAGCAAACCAGGAUAUUGCGACUUCUGACGCAAUUAAGCUCGCAAAAGAAGUUGAUCCAACAGGUGAAAGGACUUUUGGUGUGUUGACAAAGCUGGACCUGAUGGACAAAGGAACAAAUGCUCUCGAUGUUCUCGAGGGAAGGGCCUAUCGGCUGCAGAAUCCUUGGGUUGGAAUUGUCAACCGCUCUCAAGCAGAUAUUAACAGGAAGGUUGACAUGAUUGCUGCAAGGGAAAAAGAAAGGGAAUAUUUUGAAAGCAGUCCUGAUUAUGCACAUUUAGCAAGUCGGAUGGGUUCUGAAUACCUUGCAAAGCUUCUUUCUGAGCAUCUUGAAUCUGUCAUCAAAGCACGCAUUCCUAGUAUCACAGGGGUAAUCAAUAAAACUAUAGAUGAACUUGAAUCAGAGCUGGACACCAUUGGGAGAGCUGUGGCUACUGAUCCAGGGGCACAACUCUACACAAUAUUGGACCUGUGCCGUGCUUUUGACCGCGUCUUCAAGGAACAUCUUGAUGGAGGGAGGUCAGGCGGCGAUAGAAUUUACGGUGUGUUUGAUCAUAAGCUCCCUGCUGCUUUUAAGAAGCUUCCCUUUGAUCGCUAUCUAUCUGUGGAAAACGUGAAGAAGGUGGUCUCGGAAGCAGAUGGCUAUCAGCCCCAUCUUAUCGCCCCUGAACAAGGAUACCGUCGGCUUAUUGGAACUGGCCUUACAUAUUUCAGGGGACCAGCUGAAGCGACAGUUGAUGCGGUCCACGUUGUUCUAAAAGAAUUGGUCAGGAAAUCCAUAGGAGAGACAGAGCAACUGAGAAGAUUCCCCACUCUUCAAACAGCGAUCGCCACUGCUGCUAAUGAAGCCCUGGAACGAUUUCGGGAGGAUGGGCGCAGAACAGCACUUCGUCUGGUGGAAAUGGAGGCUACAUACCCGACUGUGGAAUUCUUCAGGAACCGUCCUCAGGAUCUACCUGGUGCGGAUGCUAGUAGUAAGGCGGGAGCUAAGCCUUCAGCGGACUCGCGGGUGCCUCUGGACCGCUACGGUGACGGGCACUACAGGAACAUUGCCUCCAACGUGUCCCAGUACAUACGGAUGGUUGGAGACGAACUCUUGAAGACGAUCCCCAAGGCAGCUGUCCACUGCCAAGUGCGCGAGGCCAAGAGAUCUCUGCUGAACCAUUUCUAUGUGCAAAUCGGGAAGAAAGAGGCCGGGGAGUUUGCGCAUCUGCUGGACGAGGACCCGGCGAUGAUGGAGCGCCGGCAGCAGUGCUGGAAGAGGCUGGAGCUGUACAAAUCUGCGAGGGAUGAGAUCGAUUCUGUGGCAUGGAGCAGCAACAGAUAGAAGUGAUGAGAAGGAUUGGGAUCGCGCGCGCGGACGGACACACCAGUUUUGGGCCUUUUGGCAGCGCUACGUAGUGUAUAUGUCAUAUUUAUUUGUAUGAUUCAGAGAUAAUGAACAGAUACUGGACAUGCUUUAAUUACACGAAGUAUAUAUAUUCAGAGAUUUUUUU